AUGCUUCAUAGUUGAAUUCAAUAAUACAAGUUAACAGCUUUAUUUUUUUUAAAAUUUUUUUGAUGAUUUUUCAUUGUAUUUAGGUAUAUAUAGAUCUCACUGAAUAGAGAUAGAUAUGUACUGCAUCCACACAUGCUCACAUAGUUAAAAAAGGGUACAAUUUAUUUGAUGAUUGUGGUCACUACUAUUGAUUGAAAUAGGGUUAUGCUGGGACAGAAAGAGAGAUUUUGCAAAGAAUCCAAUCUUUUCAUCUACCCUUUUUCUAUAAGUUAGGGUUUAAAUAUAUACAUUGGGUGUGUUUCAUCACUGCAUGUGUGGAAUUAUGGCAUAAGGAUUCAUAUGAUGAGAAAUGACCUUGGAGAAGAAGAAGGGGCUGGGGAGGUGGACUGAUCCAUGGCUUUCAUUGUACCAACCAUUAAAAAAAAAAAAAGAAAGAAAGAAAGAGAGAGAGAGUAGUGUCCUAGAAUUAAAGGUUUCUCUCUCUGCCCUAUAACUAGGGUUUCCUCUUAUUUCAACUCACAUCUUCAAGCUACCUCUUAAGGAAUUUCUCUCUCUCUCAAUGGAUGAAUAGUCUUUCUUCCUUAGUACAAUCAAACUACUGAUCUUGAAAGAACCUACACAAGAGGAAACCAUUCCUGAUCAAAGAAAUCUAGUCACAGAAAAAGCAUACAAAUAGUGGAUGGCAUCUUCUAGCUACUCCAAUUCACCAUGUGCUGCUUGCAAGUUCUUGAGGAGAAAAUGCUUGCCAGAUUGCAUAUUUGCACCAUAUUUUCCACCAGAAGAGCCUCAGAAAUUUGCCAAUGUUCACAAAAUAUUUGGUGCAAGCAAUGUAAGCAAGCUGCUGAAUGAAGUCCUCCCUCAUCAGAGAGAAGAUGCAGUCAACUCUCUAGCCUAUGAAGCUGAGGCAAGGAUGAAAGAUCCAGUGUAUGGCUGUGUUGGUGCCAUUUCUGUUCUCCAAAGACAAGUCAUUAGACUCCAAAAAGAAUUAGAUGCUACAAAUGCUGAUUUGAUAAGGUAUGCAUGUAAUGAAAUGCCACCAACAUCAUUUGGAAGAUCAACAAGGAUGGGCCAUGGAGGAUUAUCAUCAUCAUCAUCAUCUGCUUCUUAUGAUCAAAAUUCUGCUUUGUAUUAUCCUUCAACUUGGAAUAAUGACACUUGUGGUCAUAAUCAAGGGAGAGGAGAUCAUGGUAGUAUUUGAUUGGCUAUUAAUUAUUUAAGUUUCUUUUAUUACAAUAACAUAUCUUGUAUAAAUUGUAAUGAGCACUCUCUUAUUUUUUUUUUUUUCCAUUAUAGCAAGAGACCCAUUUAGGGUUUCUUCUGUGAAAUUACUAUCACUGUACUAUGGUACAAAAAAAAAAAAAUAUAAGGUUUGCUAUCUAGUAGAGAGCUUGGGUCUUUCAGUGGCAUGUGAUCAUGUACUUCCCAGAUAAGAAUUAUAUGGCAAUUGGGUGCACUAGACGGAUUAUAUAAAUCUGUUGAUUUUUUUUUUUUC